GCCCCUUCCCCCUCCCCCCCCCCCGCCGCCUGAGGCCCGGCCGCCAUGGAGGAAGAGCAGCGGUUCUGUCAGUCGCAGAGAUUAAAGGCUGCAGUUCACUACACAGUAGGUUGUCUGUGCCAAGAAGUUGCUGAAGACAAAGGGAUGCAAUUCAGCAAACAAGCCAUUGCCGCGAUUUCGGAGAUCACUUUCCGACAGUGUGAAACUUUUGCAAAAGACCUUGAAAUGUUUGCAAGACAUGCGAAAAGAAGCACAAUUAACACUGAAGAUGUGAAGCUCUUAGCCAGAAGGAGUAACUCAUUGCUAAACUAUAUCACAAAGAAAAGUGAAGAACUUGCCUUGAAUAACUUGGAGCAGAAGGAGAAGAAGAAAAAGAAGCCUGGGAAAGGAAGGAAAAUUUCAGGGGGGCCGUCGGAGGCCAUGGAAGAGAGUGUGGAUCAAAGCAACAAGGAGAUGAACAUCUGCAGGAAAUCGCGGAAGUAAAGACAAACAGCCUCCUGACUCUCCUCUCCGCACUGUACGACUGGACCGCUCCAGGGAAGGAAAUGCCCUUGGUCAGGGAUGAGGCCGUAGCGCUGACCAACCGGCAGGAGCGGGCGCUGCUUAAUCAGUCCCCGCUCCGGGAAAGAGGGCCCUGCAAGAACUUCUUC